GUUUUUGGGUGUCCCCAGCACUGUUUUUGGGUGUCCCCACUGCUGUUUUUGGGUGUCCCCAUCCUGCCCCUCCCUGACCGGGUCUCUCCUCAGCAGCGAUGCCCCUGGAGCCCCUGGUCUGUGCCCACACGGCCACGCGGGUUGGUGGCACUGUCCCCUGCAGGGUGAGCUCCGUGCUGAACCGGGAUGUGAAGCAGUUUGGGAAGCAGCACCUGUUUGAUGGCAGCGAGGAGACCUGCUGGAACUCAGACCAGGGCACAUCCCAGUGGGUCACCCUGGAUUUCCCUCGUCCUGUCAAGGUCUCACAGCUCCACAUCCAAUUCCAGGGGGGAUUUUCCAGCCAGCUGUGCACGCUGGAGGGCUGCAGGGCAGGUGAGGAACUGGUGAAAAUAUCCGAGCUGUACCCCCAGGACAACCACGCCAUGCAAAAAUUCCAGGUGGAGGAGACUGUGCUGGAUAAACUGAAGAUCACCUUUGGGAGCAGCACGGAUUUUUUUGGGAGGAUCGUGGUUUAUCACCUGAGGGUGCUGGGGGAGAGGCUGUAGGGGGGCUGUCCCAAAUUUUGGGGACUCUGAAAAACCCCCUGAGGGGGAAUCCCUGUCCCCUGAGGUGACACUGGAGGCUGUGAUGGCACACAGGCCUUUAAUGGGAUCAAUAAAAUACAUUUUAAGAGAUUAUUUUAGCUCUUAAAAAGAUUAUUUAGAUCUUUCCUGGCUGAAUGAGCCCUCGGGGGUUUGGCUUCAGGACAAAGAGGAGAAAUUUCCUUUCCCUGUGUUGUCACCUUCCUGAAUUCCUCGGGAUGGCAGUGGCAGAAUCCUGCAGGAUUUUUUCCUCCUGGAAGGACAGGAAUUCCAA